CAUGAUAACCGAGUGGUGGAUCAUCAGUUGCGCUUUAGUGGUGCUCACUUCAACACUUCACCUUCCUGAUUAUAUCAGACCGUGUAAAAGAAAUGACCCAAAUCUAAAUGACUGUGCUAAACAUAGUGCAAUUGCGGCUUUAUCGUCAAUCAUAGCUGGUGAUAAAAAAUAUAAAAAUUCUCCACUUAGUCCAUAUAAAGUGUCACUAAUCGACAUCGAUGGUGGCCCUAAUUUAAAAAUACAAUUUUCUGAUUUGGUUGUAAUAGGUUUUAAAACUUUGAAAAUUUCAGAUUUAACGAUAGAUCUUAAAAAUAAUAAGGCUUACAUCCAACUUGCUGGACCCAUGAACUUCCAAGGAGUUUACGACAUAAAGGGUCAAAUUCUAGUACUUCCAAUUAAUGGGCACGGAGGUGCGAAUAUAACAUUUGUCGAUGGAGCAUAUGACGUAGAUGUAUCGUGGUCAAUAGUAGACAAAAAUAACGUGGAAUAUGUAAAAGUUGAUACAAUCAAAGUGAAACUCAACUUAAAAAAAGUCUUAAUUCAUUUAGACAAGUUAUUCAACGGAGAUAAAAACUUAGGUGAUUCCAUGAAUCAACUACUAAAUGAAAAUUGGCAAGAUGUGAUGAAGGAAAUUAGUCCUGGAGCAGGCAAAGCAAUAGCAGAGGUACUAGGGAGUGUUUUUAAAAAUUAUGUAGAAUAUGUUCCUUUAAACGAAAUAUUUGUUUAAUUAAAUUUAUUUCCAUAUUUUUGUAAAACAAAAAAAUAUAUUUUUUUAAAUAAAUGCUCCUUUAACAUAUUUAAUUCUUUCAUCUGAAAUUUAACAACAGUUAAAUGAUAAUGUAAAUAAAAUGAAUGGUGUUUUUUAUCAAAGUGUCGCAACAUUAGUAAAUAAACGCUAAUGAGUUGAUAAUUAU